AACCAAAAUUGGAAUCUUGAUUUAAAUUAUGAAGAAGAUGACUAUACAAAAUUAUCUACAGACAAUAAAUCAGUAUCUGAUGAAACUAUAAUAUCGGAGACUUUAGAAAGAACAAAAAUUUCAUAUCGUGGCGGAUUUGAGUCUGAUGAAGAAUCAGGUGCAACUCCUUAUUUCUUGAAGGAAGAAAAAUCAAAUCAACAAGAAAAUGUUGAUAAAAAAGAUAAGAAAAAAUCCAAAAAGAAGAAGAAAAAUGAAGAUUCAGAUAAGCAAAAAUGUAAUGUAUGUUCACAAGUCUUUUCAAGUAGAAACCUACUGUUCUCACAUAUUAAGACUACUGGACAUGCAUUAGCGA